AUGAGUGCAACCAUUGUGCCCUGGGAGUGCCGGGAUAAGGAUGACCAGGCAGAAGUUCUGUACAAUGCACCGUUGCACCGGUCCAACCGUGCUCUCGCCCAAGAGAACCUGCGCCUCAAGAAGCUUCUCCGACAGCACAACAUUCCUUGGUCCUCGAUAUCGCAGGCUCAUUUAUCUGCUGUAGAACCCGGGCGCCGCAAGACCCGAUCAUCCAAUGCGGUCAACGACAUAACAGGGCCUCGGCUACCAACAGAGGUGUUACUCCGUAUUCUCAAAUUCGCCAUGACCAGCCCCCACUCAAUCGUUGACCCGUUGUCACCACUUGCUCAAGAAAACAUUUCCGACGUGGAAAAAGAGCGAGGGAAUCAGAUUUCUAUCCACUUCCUGGCUACUUGCAGUGCCAUGCAUGUAGAGGGCACAAAGUACCUGUGGGAAAGUAAUCAUUUCGUUUUUACUUCUCCCCAGGCACUCCGAAACUUUGGCGAGCUAAAUCCUAGAUUUCGGCAUCCCAUCCAGAGCAUCACAUUCCGCGUGAUUGCGCGAUACUACGAUGAUCAGCGCCGCCGUCACAAGCUCGACGCUGGCUAUCACGCGGAUUUGAAAAAGGACCAGCCUCUCCGGGUUCACAUCCGCCCUUAUGAGUCCCUUCUUGUGCGGGGAGGCUUCCGCUGCUACACAUGGAGCCAGAUUGUGGACUUUCUCACUGCACUACGUCCUCCAUACGAUCCUACUCACCGUGACAAAUCAAAAGCACGUCCAAAACUUCUGCCAAACUUAACAAUCCUCCGUCUUGAUUUAGUCAAUUUUUCGGAUGAGCUUGUUCCCUUUUCAGGCUCUGAGCUGCAUGGGAUCACAUCCCACGAGCUAGGCUGCACACUCAACGAAUUGCAGGUCACUGGCAUGCCAUUUGAUGAUGCCGGAAUGAAAGCAUCAGCGGAACUCAGUGGCAUGCUCAAAGAUGAGGGCCUCUACCUUGACGGACCGGCCACUUUUUUUGCCCAUAAGAAGCACUUGCAGGAGCUGUCUGGCAGCAAGUGGUGCGCAAGGAUUAUCCGCGCAUGGAAGUCAGCAGACGGUGAGGAUGAUGACAUGGACGAUGUGCAUGAUCUUGAGAGCCCAUUGAGUGGCUGGCAUCGACCAAAGCUAGGCAUUCUCCCUCCGGCUCCUGAGGAAAAGGGGCACCCAACUUCAGUAAGACCAGAUGGUAGUGUGAUUUGGAAACGUGUGCCCAUUUCGCGAGAUAGAGGCGAGCGGCAGUGGACCGAGUUUUCCAGGUCCAGUGGGUAUGAGAUUGACAGCACGGACUCGGAUAGUGAAAGCAACCUUUGUCCUUGCUGCGGCGAAUCGCAUCCCCAAGCCUCGUUCUUGGACUUUUUGAUGGAUGAUGAAGAUGAAGAGGACGACGACGACGACGACGACGAUUAUGAUUCGUUUGAUUCAGAUCAGGAAUUGUGA